UAAUACUCUUUAAGAAAGGGGGGGAAAGAGAUUUUAAGACUUUUUGUUGUUGUUGUUGCAGGAUAUGGAAAUACAACGAUUCCCGUUUCUGUUUGGAGUUGGACGAAAACAAACGACCUCGCUUGGCUCCAUGUGAGGUCGCCUCGCAGGGAGCAGGCGCCCCCACUGUGGGCUGCUCGUGGCUCCCAGUCGAGCAGUGGUGAGUCCGCGCGGACGAGCCGCUGGUGCGUAAUGGCGCACGACUGGACGGCAGAUGUUUCGCCACCGGGACACUCUGUCUUUUGUCUCUGUGUCUGAGCCCCUCCGACUGUUCCCCUCCGCGUAGGCGUGCUCUUCUGGCUGCUUUUUUUUUUUUUGGGACAGAAGAGAAAGAAAAGUAAAAAAGUCAUUGGAGGGAGGGAACAGAAGAAGAAGAAGAAGAAGAAGGCGAAGAAAUUUGGCCAAACUCUCCAAACCGUCCCGGGUUUUCUUUUUGGUGUUUUUUUUCUUCUUCUUUUUUUUUUUACCGGGGAGUUGUCGUCAUCAGCACCCCAGAUCCCCCCCCUCCCCUCUCGACUCCCUAAAUGGACAGGGCAGUCUUGGUCCAUGUAGUUCAGCACAGGCCAAAAGAUUGGAAACAACUUGUGAAUAUCCGCCAGUUCGGCGUCUAGAGGGAAACGCUCAGCAAUGCGCGGCUGCUUCGCUGGAGCUCAGCUCUGAGGACCUCUCUCCGGCAUUUGAGCUGUUUUAUUUUGUGUGUGUGAGUGUGUGUUGGUGUGUGUGUGUGUGUGUGUGAGAGAGUGUGUGUGUCAGGAGGAAGGACUCUGCUCAAAGUUUGCAACAGACAGGAAAGUCAGCGCCGGAGUGGCAGCUCUCGCCCUGCAGCCCUCGCUAUGGAUUGUAUGUAUUUAUUGAUGUGCUUCUCACUCUGUCACGGUAUUGUGGAACAUAUUCUCGCUGCAGAAACACACGAAAAACUCUCUGGAAAGUUAAGUGAAUAUGGUCUUAUCGUGCCAUUCAGCACAGACUCCUACGGCCGGUACAUUUCCCACGUGGUCUCGGCUGGGAGUGGAAGUAAAGACGGUGCUGGCGGUGCCCCCUCGGACAGCAAGAGAAGGGUGGCCCGCGGUGCCCCCGAGAUGCCCUCGGUCACCUCCUCCCGGACUCAGCACUUGUUUUUCAACGUUACUGUGUUUGGGAAGGAGCUGCACCUCCGCCUGAGGGCCAACAGGAGGCUGGUGGCCCUGGGGGCUUCUGUGGAAUGGCAGGAGGACUUCGAGGAAAAGGCCAAGGAACGUAUCCACAGGAACUGUGUUUUCACCGGGGAUGUGAGUGACAUGCCGGAGGCUUCGGUGGCGAUCAGCAACUGUGACGGACUGGCAGGUCUGAUCCGGACUGAUAAUGGGGAGUUUUUCAUCGAGCCCCUCGAGAAGGGCAAGCAGGAUGUGGAAGUGAAGGGGCGUGUCCACGUGGUCUACCGCAGAUCGGCCAUCAAGCGGGAGACGGGCCAGCGGCGGGAGGACCUCCGCAAUGAAGUGACAGACUUCGGGAUCGCAGACCUCCCCGCGGCUCUGGAUCUUGUCGAGCGCAAACUGUCCGCGUCCGAGCGCAAGCGGAGGCACGCGAAGAAGGACGACUACAACAUCGAGGUGCUGCUGGCGGUGGACGACUCCGUGGUGCGCUUCCAUGGCAAGGAGCACGUGCAGAACUACGUCCUCACGCUCAUGAACAUAGUUGAUGAAAUCUACCACGACGAGUCUUUGGGAACCAACAUCAACAUUGUCCUCGUGCGCAUGAUAAUGGUCGGCUACCGACAGUCAAUUAGCCUGAUCGAGCGUGGCAACCCAUCCCGCAGCCUGGAGCAGGUGUGCCGAUGGGCCAACACGCAGCAGCGCCGCGACCCCGACCACGCCGAGUACCACGACCACGCCAUCUUCCUGACAAGGCAAGAUUUUGGUCCUGCAGGUAUGCAAGGUUAUGCACCAGUGACUGGGAUGUGCCACCCGCUGCGAAGCUGCACUCUGAACCACGAGGACGGCUUCUCCUCCGCCUUCGUGGUCGCCCACGAAACGGGACAUGUGCUGGGCAUGGAGCAUGACGGCCAGGGGAAUCGCUGCGCUGAUGAGACCAGCAUGGGGAGCAUCAUGGCGCCGCUUGUGCAAGCAGCUUUCCAUCGCUAUCACUGGUCACGUUGCAGCAAGCAGGAGCUGAAUCGAUACAUCCACUCGUACGACUGCCUGCUGGAUGAUCCCUUUGAACACAAGUGGCCCAAGCUUCCCGAGCUCCCUGGAAUUAAUUACUCCAUGGACGAGCAGUGCCGCUUCGACUUCGGCGUUGGUUACAAAAUGUGCACUGCCUUUCGAACCUACGACCCUUGCAAGCAGCUGUGGUGCAGUCACCCUGACAACCAGUACUUCUGCAAAACUAAAAAGGGACCUCCAGUGGACGGAACAGAGUGUGCACCGGGAAAGUGGUGUUUCAAGGGCCACUGCAUCUGGAGGUCGAGCCAGCAGCCUCAGGGCCAUGAUGGGAGUUGGGGCUCCUGGUCAAAGUUCGGCUCUUGCUCCAGGACUUGUGGAGGUGGCGUCCGCUCCCGCAGCAGACAGUGCACCGACCCUCCGCCGGCCUACGGGGGUCGAGAUUGCCCCGGCUCUGCUUUUGACUACCAGAUGUGCAACGCCGAGGAGUGUGCUGGACCUUACGAGGACUUCCGCGCGCAGCAGUGCAUCCAGAGGAGCAACAAAUACCACAAAAACAUCAAGCACACCUGGCUACCAUACGAGCACCCAGACGAGGGCCGCAAGUGCGAGCUGAGCUGCAAGUCGAAGGAAACAGGAGAGGUAGUGUUCAUGAACCAGGUGAUGCACGACGGGACCCACUGCAGCUACUCGGACCCCUUCAGCAUAUGCGCUCGAGGAGAGUGUCUGCAUGUUGGCUGCGACAAGGAGGUCGGCUCGUACAGAGAAGAGGACAAGUGUGGAGUGUGCGAAGGGGACAACUCACACUGUCGCACCGUGAAGCUGACGCUCACCAAGACGCCCAAGAAGAAUGGAAUGCUGAAAAUGUUCGACAUCCCAAUAGGAGCCCGCCACAUUGUUAUUGAGGAGAACGACACCUCUCCUCAUAUAAUUGCUGUGAAGAAUCAAGUCACGGGGAGCUUCAUACUGAACGCAAAAAGUGAAGACGCUGAAUCGAAGACCUUCAUCGAGAACGGUUUACAGUGGGAGUACUCCAUGGAGGGGGAGAGGGAGACCCUGAAAACAACUGGUCCUCUGCAUGAAGGCAUCAUAGUCUUGGUCAUUCCUCAGGAGGAAGAUGCCAAAAUCAGCUUGACGUAUAAGUAUAUCAUUCAUGAGGACCUGCUGCCGCUUAUUACCAACAACAAUGUGCUUCUGGCUGAACUGGACACCUAUGAGUGGGCACUGAAGAGCUGGUCUCAGUGCUCCAAACCUUGUGGCGGAGGUAUACAGUACACAAAGUAUGGGUGCAGGAGAAAGAGUGACAGUCGCUUGGUGCAUCGGAACUUUUGUGAAACCAGCAAAAAGCCCAAACCCAUCCGCAAACGCUGCAAUGUGCAAGAGUGCAGCCAGCCCACGUGGGUGGUGGAAGAGUGGAGUCCCUGCAGCAAGAGCUGCGGGAAGCUGGGCUACCAGACCCGGGUGGUGCAGUGCAUGCAGGCGCUCCACAACAGCACCAACCGGCCCGUCCACAGCAAACACUGCACCGAGAACCGUCCAGAGGCGCGGAGAGCCUGCAACCACACCACAUGCCCCGCCCAGUGGAGGACGGGGGCGUGGUCGCAGUGCUCCGUGACCUGUGGCGAAGGGAUCCAACAAAGGCAGGUGGUUUGCAAAGCCAGCGACAACACCAUCGGAGAAUGUGAGGACGAGAAGCCGGAAACGGUCCUCAUUUGCAAACUAAGUUAUUGUCAAGGUCAGCCAGUGUCUUCUCUCAGUGUUGAAACUAUGGUUAAUUCCACGAUUAAAGAUGGUUCUGUUCACCAAAGGGUUUCUGAAAACCCCGUCCACAAAAUCUCUUCAAAUGAGCCAUGUCUGGGGGAUAAAUCUAUUUUCUGUCAAAUGGAGGUCCUGGCCCGUUAUUGUUCCAUCCCUGGAUACAAUAAGCUUUGUUGCGAGUCAUGCAACAAGAAAGAAAAUCUUGCCACCCAUGCUCCUGACAUUCGAAACACUCCAGCAGUCUCAGUUGAACCCGAGCCCUCCUUUCCUUCUCGACCGUCGUCGCCCAAAGCCCCUCGACCUGCCACGACCCCGAGCCUGCCCCAAACCACUAAAACCCUCAGCAGGCGGCCAUGGUCCACCACCCCGGUGCCAACCGCCGCCACCGCUGCUGAAUCCUCGUCGUCCCCAGGUGCUACUCUGCCCCGGGUGCCCGCCAGCGACUCCUCCCUCACAGCUGGGAAGGGGGCCUCGGACCCAGUGCCUCUUCUACCUCCAGAGCCGCCGCGGCCCACAGCAGACUCCCGUCGAAGUGCCUCUAAAGAGGACGGUCCAAACAGCACUUUAGGCCCAAUCACUGCCAAGUCAAGAAGGGACGAUUCAGGAUCCGAGAGGGACUCCAGUCACAGAACCCUGUCAGCUCAGAAAUAAUGAACAGUGAGCGGUGUUGUGAACAUGCUGCUCCGUGAGACGGUCUCGUCCAUCGGCUCGGCCUUUGCAGCAUCUGAUAGACUUGCGGUCUUGGUGCUGAUAUUUUUUUUUCUUUUCUUUUCUUUUGUUUGUUUUUUUUUCUAUGCCAGUGAACUGACCAGUGAUGGUUACCUCAUCAAAUCUCCAGAGCGAUCUGCGUGCGGCGUGGCUCCGCCCUCUGCGCUUCAAAAUAUGAAACAGAAGAAGAAGAAGAAAAAAAAGAGGUUUUUCAAAACGAAGGUGCUGUAAACUUAAACGACUACAAGACGUGUUCAAAAAAUGUGACGACUGCAUUGCUACAUUCAUGUUUUUUUUAUCUGUGUACAGUUGUGUAAGCCUGUUUUUUUCCAAGUGCAUUAGAACUACUAUUGAACUGGUAUUGUGAACAUGAUGAGAGGUCAAAGGCCAUGGUUUUGGAGGUACAGGUGCCACCUAUGAACUCUUGAGUGUGCCACCAGAAUAUUUAUAGACCGUGGACAGUUUUUUGUUAGAAUCAAUUCACAAAUUGCUUGAUUUUAUCUUUACUUGAUGACUUUAAAAAAUGAUGCAUUAAAAGCCUAUUCUAGGGUUUGACAAAAGCGUACUACUACGUAUUAGUAGUAAGUCAUGGAUUGGUAAAAUCAAACUGCAAAAAGUAUUUUUUAAAGUUUUUUUUUAUUGUUUUGUCAUUAUAUUUUCAAAUUUCUCCUCCUACGAUGUUUCAUUGUCUGUUACAGUGUCCAUUUCAUGGUCGCUCUAAUUUAUAAAUGGCUUUCACAUUUGAAGUUGCAAGCAGUGUGCUGCCAAAGAAUUAUUUUUAUAAAAUAAUUUUCAGUUUUUAAAUUGAUUAUAAUAAAGUCUAUAAUUAUUUCAAUGGCACACUCCAGGCUUCAUUGUCAUCACUCCUGGGAGGAAGCUUCAUGGCGUCUCUGUCCCCGGUGCUCUUUUUAAUUUUUUGUCCACAUCCAACGUACUGGUUGAAAGCAGUGGGGAUAAUCUGCACUGCAGCUUGCCCUCUGUCUGUCUGUGUGGAAGUCAGUUACUUACGCUUUAAAAACAAAACGAUUUUCAGAAGAAGAAAAAAAAAAUGCAUUAUGAUAUUUUUCAGAUAAAAAAAUGUAUAUAGUGUAAAUUUCACGUUAUAAAAAAAGGUUUGUUUUGCGUAUGGAAAAUACAGGUGAUGCUGUAAGUCUACAGACUGUGGUCAGUCAUACUGUUACACCAUUCCUGCAUUGCAGCUUGUAACAUCAUUAUGUUUAUUGUAUAGUUCUUGUAUAUACAUACGUGAAUGAAAGCUUUAAAUGUUAAUAUUUAUUGAAUUUUUAAGUGGUAUGGAGAACAAAGUAAAAGACGUUUGAAAGAACUGAAA